AUGAGGUUCUUCGUCCUCACACUCGGGGCCCUCGCCCUGUCUGCACAUCAGGCCUCUGCCGAUUCAGCGUCGACGCCCAGCAGCCCCUCUCAGGAGGCUGAAAGCAAAAACAUUUGCACACAGAGUGGCUCACUCCGCUUCAACAUCACCGAAGCCGGCCAGUCCGUCCAAUUUACUUGCGACACAAAGCUCCCUAAUUUGGACCCGACAUUCAGCACAGAGACUCCGGAAAUGUUCGAAGCAGGCAAACGCGUCAAAAUUCUCGAAUUCCUCCCUGACGCCACAUUCAAAGAACUCACAGCGGACGUCACUCCCAAGGCAGAAGCGGCUGCAACUUCCGCGAAGAAGUACAGCUUCACAGUCCCCACCUUACCCAGUGGGGAGCACGAUCUUCAAGUUUACUGCCGAGAGAAUACUGUUCAAGCAAGUAGUGAUGCCCAGCAGUCCAAGGACUGCCAGGUCACCUUUCACAUCGCUUCUCCGGCUGUGCGCCCUGUCAUGGCCGCUGCGGGCGCCGUCGCCGGUGUCGUUGCGUCUCUUCUGCACUUCGCCUAG